AUGGGGCAAGCCGCAGGUGGGAUGGGGCAAGCCGCAGGUGGGAUGGGGCAAGCCGCAGGUGGGAUGGGGCAAGCCGCAGGUGGGAUGGGGCAAGCCGCAGGUGGGAUGGGGCAAGCCGCAGGUGGGAUGGGGCAAGCCGCAGGUGGGAUGGGGCAAGCCGCAGGUGGGAUGGGGCAAGCCGCAGGUGGGAUGGGGCAAGCCGCAGGUGGGAUGGGGCAAGCCGCAGGUGGGAUGGGGCAAGCCGCAGGUGGGAUGGGGCAAGCCGCAGGUGGGAUGGGGCAAGCCGCAGGUGGGAUGGGGCAAGCCGCAGGUGGGAUGGGGCAAGCCGCAGGUGGGAUGGGGCAAGCCGCAGGUGGGAUGGGGCAAGCCGCAGGUGGGAUGGGGCAAGCCGCAGGUGGGAUGGGGCAAGCCGCAGGUGGGAUGGGGCAAGCCGCAGGUGGGAUGGGGCAAGCCGCAGGUGGGAUGGGGCAAGCCGCAGGUGGGAUGGGGCAAGCCGCAGGUGGGAUGGGGCAAGCCGCAGGUGGGAUGGGGCAAGCCGCAGGUGGGAUGGGGCAAGCCGCAGGUGGGAUGGGGGGCAAGCCGCAGGUGGGAUGGGGGGCAAGCCGCAGGUGGGAUGGGGCAAGCCGCAGGUGGGAUGGGGCAAGCCGCAGGUGGGAUGGGGCAAGCCGCAGGUGGGAUGGGGCAAGCCGCAGGUGGGAUGGGCAAGCCGCAGGUGGGAUGGGGCAAGCCGCAGGUGGGAUGGGGCAAGCCGCAGGUGGGAUGGGGCAAGCCGCAGGUGGGAUGGGGCAAGCCGCAGGUGGGAUGGGGCAAGCCGCAGGUGGGAUGGGGCAAGCCGCAGGUGGGAUGGGGGGCAAGCCGCAGUUGGGAUGGGGCAAGCCGCAGGUGGGAUGGGGCAAGCCGCAGGCUGCAGGUGAGGCGGGCGCACCGGGUAGGAGGAAUGGCAGUGGGGCACACAGGGUUGGCGAUGGGGCACACAGGGUUGGCGAUGGGGUGGGCACGAUUGGAAGCUUAAACUUCACAACGUACUCCUCCCCACCAACUCCUCCCCCCCAACUCCUUCCCCCCCAACUCCUCCCCCCCAACUCCUCCCCCCCAACUCCUCCCCCCCAACUCCUCCCCCCCAACUCCUCCCCCCCAACUCCUCCCCCCCAACUCCUACCCCUCUCCUCCCCCACAAUCCCCCCCCCCCCCAACUCCCCCCUCCCCCAAACUCCUCCCCCCAACUCUCCCCCCACCACCCCAGCCCUUCCGCGUGCUGGUUGUUCUCUUCUUCUUCGCCCUGCUGCCACGUGCUCUCAUUCUCAACCUCGCAGUCAGCUCCCUCCUGCCUUUUCUAAGCCCACUCCUGCCUUUUCUAAGCCCACUCCUGCCUUUUCUAGGCCCACUCCUGCCUUUUCUAAGCUCCCUCCUGCCUUUUCUAACUCCGCCAUCCCUGUCCGUGUCCCCCUCAUCCCCCACCAGGUGUGCUGGGCCUCCACCUUCAACCCCGCCUCGCCCAACCCUCCUACCCAACCCUCGCGGCAGCAGCCGCAGCAGCAGUAUGGCCAGGAGGGGGCAAAGGCGGGCGUAUCACAGGACUGCCGGGGCAGCAAAGCAGCAGGGCAGCCAUCCGUGUGGGCGGAUGGGGUACGCGCUCCCUUGGGGUGGCAGCAUGAGGAAGCUUCUCAAGCCGCUGAGGGCAGGGAGUGCAGCAGUAAGAGUGCCGGUGACAUGGCCAGCGGGAGCAGCAGGAGUGAUCUUGACAGCCGCACUGACCACUCUUGCACAACCAGCAGCCACAGCAGCAUUAGCCCGGGCGACAGCAGCAGGAGCAGCAGCAGCAGCAGCAGCCCGGGCGACAGCAGCAGCGGGGCAGUUUCUUUGCAUUUCAACGUGAGCCACACGGAGGGCCUCAUCGCCCUGGCAGUGACCUCCGCCAUGCCCGUAGGGGUGGACGUGGAGGCCGCUGCCCGCUGCCCUCGCAGGGGCGUGCUGGCUGUCGCGAGAAGCCGGUUUGCAGCGGAGGAGGCGGCGUGGGUGGGCGCGGGGCAAGAUGAGUCGGAGCGGCAGCGGCGGUUCGUUCACCUGUGGACGCUCAAGGAGGCGUACGUGAAGGCGCAAGGGAGGGGCAUGAACGCGCUGCCCUUCCGCUCCUUCGCCUUCCGCCUCUCACCAUCGCACCAAGCUGCCCUCGCCCUCACCCACGCCCUCGCUCCCCCUCGCCGCACCCACCAGCAUGUGCUCAUGUGGAAGCAUGUGCUCAUGUGGAAGCAUGUGCUCAUGUGGAAGCAUGUGCUCAUGUGGAAGCAUGUGCCCAUGUGGAAGCAUGUGCUCAUGUGGAAGCAUGUGCGCAUGUGGAAGCAUGUGCGCAUGUGGAAGCAUGUGUGCAUGUGGAAGCUUGUGCUCAUGUGGAAGCUUGUGCUCAUGUGGAAGCUUGUGCUCAUGUGGAAGCAUGUGCUCAUGCUCUUUGUUAAAUGA